AUGUUGCGCGUUCGGAGCUGCGGCGGCCACAUCAUCUGCACCAUCCAACCCGGCACCCACACGAAGGGCACCGACCGCAUCCUCGACGACCUGGCACGCACCGUGGCCAUCCAUCUACGCACACCGGCAAACCGCAUCAGCAUCCAUUACGCCGACGGGCGAGGGUCCCUCAGCCCGACCACGACCUGGGCCGACUGCGCAGAACUGGCCGUACUGGAAGACGUGGAACUCCUCGCCGUGGCUCGACAUUUCAAAGCCGGUGGAGGCGAGAAGCUAGCCGUGGCCAUAGAGCUGGAAAGACACGACGACGUUUGCAGUUUACUGGACAGCCUCGUGGACCCCAACAUUGCCAUCGCCGAUUGCAGAAACAGCUGGCCCUGCAGUCCCCUUUGCUUCGCGGCGUACACCAACUUCGAGCAUGUGUCGAUCGCAGAAACGCUGGUCGCAGCCCAGGCCGACGUCGACGGCAGACACUUCGCCGUCAGCCCUCUGCUGGCAGCAUGCGAAAGUCGAAACACGAGAAUGGCCAGCUUCCUCAUCGAAAAUCAGGCGGACGUGGAUCGACGAUCAUGGACCAUGGAAUCCCCGUUACUUGUCGCGGUGUCAAUGAAUUCAGCACCACUGGUGCGCCUGCUCCUCCGACAUCGCGCAAACAUUAAUCACCAGGAUCGCUACCAACGGGGUCCCAUAGAGCGCGCCUUCGAGCACAGAGCACCACUAGCAGCAGCGUGCCUCCUCCACGCAAACGCGAGAGUGCAGGCCUAUGCGAGCGCCAACAGCCUGCUCCACCAAGCCGCAAGGAGGGGCAGCAGCACGUGGAUCAGACUGCUCAUCAGGGCGGGCUUGACGAUUCAAAACCAAGACGACCGAGGGCGGCUACCGGCUGAGGUGCGGCAGCGCCUGCCCACCUUCCAACAGCGCUACCAGCUGAAACGUAGCCUCUGCACCACGGCCACACCGACGAGGCGAAAGCAACAGCGGGCAAGUUCGGAGCCAACUGCGACUGAGAAACCAGCCGCCACCGUGCACGGCAUCCUGCGUGUACAGCGCUCGCGGACCAAAGCCAGAACCCCGGGGAAAAAAAGAAACGAGGUCGUAUGCCGACGUCAAGAAGGCUCUCCCAAUAGCGCACCGCAGCCAACCUGCCGCCCAAGCAAGUCAGCGCCAAGUGUAAACAUCAUGCAGCCCGAGAGCCGCCGGCGAUGGGCCGACAUGACAGACGACGACGAUCAGGCGAUCGGCUGGGACUUCGAGACCUUCAAGACGGACUACCUGGCUACGAGGUGCAGCCUGACACUCCUGACGCCGGUACCCGGCCCAGAGACCCAACCCACAAAACCCCGGGCGCAUGCACAAAGAUCAGCAGCCACGACAACCAAAGGCGAUAAAAACAACGCAGAGAGGUUUACGGGAAGCACCGCCGGACGACUUCGUGCAGAACCGGCUGCGCCGCGUGGAGGCGCCUGGCCGGAUCCCGACCACGAACCAGAGCUCGGCCCCAGCAUCGAGGAGCACUUCGCGGGCAGGCUGACCAGGAAGAAGAUGACGGGCGACGGCAAUUGCCUUUUCCACGCCCUCGCGGAGAGAAGUGGUGAGAAUGGGCUCCACCUGCGAGCCCAGAUCAUUCAGUACCUAAAAGAGAACGCGGCGUCCCAAGAACAUGAAGAGCAAGCAGAAGCCUGGCUGGAAGAAGCGGAACACCUAGAAAGCAACCGCGGUAACUGGGGCGGCGACACGGCCAUCGUGGCCUUCACCCUCAUGAGACAGCAGCGAGCAUUCCUGCACUGGCGGGCGUCAGACGGCCAGAUCAAUACCAUCGAGCGCACACACGCGGAAGUCGACGAGGAGGCCCGACGUGAUCCCCGCGCAGCACAGAACUUCACGCAAGCAAUCCAUCUCUGGUACGCAAGAAGCCACUACGAUGUGCUCGUGCCCAGCCAGGACCACACGGAACCACCCCCGCCAUCACCGCCACUGCCACCACCACCAACAGCACCAGAACCGCCACCGUCACCGCACCCGGAACCCCGUCCAGCCAAGCGCAACCGAACCCGCGCCGACAGAGCAGAAAACAAACAACAAGCCCAGGCACGCAAGGCCGCCUGGAUUGCAGAGCCAUGUCCGCCCAGACCAGAAGAAGGACCCAGCUUGAUGGAAGACUUAACCGACAUGCCCGUGGCACCGGUCAGCAACCACCCCAGACGGAACCUGGAAGACGCACUCCAGCACCUCGCAAACACCCAGCUGAGGUUCCAGCCGUUGAUACCACCCGAAGCCAGAGCCGAGGAGCUCGACAGCGGGGAACACUGGCCGCGGGUCUUCUGUGCCUUCAAAGGCUGCAGCUGGUCGUCGGACACCGGCACCGAACAGGAGCUCCACCAGCACGUCAAGAAGGCGCACGGGCCGGCGCUGCAGAGCGUCGCACAGCACAUGCCCAAACCUGUCCCGACCGACGCACUGACCAGCGUGUACAACGAGGCCGUAGCACUCCGCUGCAGGGAAGCUGCACCCGUAGCGGGGAGCUCGCGAGACAGGAGCGCGCUAAGGAGCUUCGCCGAAGCCACAAGCAAAGACAAGGUAGAAUCGCUCAUUUGCUUCAGCUGCGCGUGCAUCCACCCGCACAUGGCCGACACGGGAACCGCCGGGCGCAUCCAUUGGCGCAAGCUCAUCCACAGCCCCGGCAGCAACGACAAUAGUCACAUCGAGGGCAUGGAAUUGCUGCACGAAACCUUGAGCAUCGACAAGUAUCUGGAGCGCUACGACGACCUGGGCGGAGGCGUCAGUCUCAAAGACGUGGCCAACUUUGACGAUUGGACCGUGACCGUUCCCGGGUUCGGCAACAUCCUAUGCUGCCCAGAGGACCACCGCUGCCACGCCAACCCCCAACACCCGACCCAGCACACCCUCUGCGAGCACUGCGAAGUGCCCAUCUGCAGUGAUUGUGCACAGCACUUGAGCAAAGGUGAGCUGCCGCCCUUGAGCUUGUGCAACGACAUGUGGACCGGUUACUCACCGGCGCGCUUGCACGAACAGAAGGUCACGGUCAUGGAGAUGAUCUGCGCAAGCCCCUGCGUCACGACGCUAAUCUGCAUGUCCAUGGAAGCGCGGCACCGCAGCGAGGGGACCACCCUGGACGAGAAAGCCCAGAAUGCCGGCCACCGCCUGGGAGCGCGGGGCAACGCCCUCACCUUCCCCCUGCCGUGGGAAGACCUGCUGCGCAGCCUGCAAGCGCACGACGCACAAGUCGCCAAGGAACAACGACAAGCAGCAGGAGUCAACGGCCCGGAAACGGCAGCCAUGCCCAGCUUCCCACGCGCGGGCAAAGCGCUCGGCGAUGUAGUGAGGGUCCUCCUCAAGACCAACAAGACGGGAAAGACCAGCGAAGCCGAAAUCAAGACUCUGCUCCACCAGGCGACGGUGCGGAGAGAAGUGGUCGUGAACCUCAUCCUAGACAUGCAACGCCUAGGGCAUCCCGCCUUCCAACACCUGCGGGAGGCAGCCGUGCGCGAGGCAGCGGAACAGCUGCCGGAGGGAAGCGUACCCCCGGAGGUGCUGAAGGUCAUCUGCGGCCUGAGCGAAGAAGACGAAACCGCCCACAAGUUGCAACCACAAAAGGCGGCGGCACCAACAGACGCACCGGAACAAGACACUCAGCGAGCAGGUGCCAUCUUCGCCGACCAGCGCGCCAGAGCCGUCGUGCCGGAAGGCUACAGCCAAGACCGAGAAGACCAACACGCCGUUGCCACGGCCGCGCUCAACGACCUCGAAGAUCAGCUCCGCAGCAAGACAGAGAACGACAAAAUACUCGAAACCAUGGAGGUGCGCACUGGCAACAUCUUCGUGGACCAAUUCCAGCCGUACUACUUCGCCACAGCCUUCAGCUUCUGCUUCGCGCACGGGACCGCUUGUCCAGACGUCCAGAACAGCCAGGCGGCGCCCAGCAACGACGAAAGACAGAAGGGGCGCCGCCGGAGCAGAAACCCGACAGCCCCCCAAGUGCAGAUCCACGAGUGGGCGGCGGCCAUGCAGCGGCGAGUAGAAACCCAAUUCCGAAGAGACUGGACCUUCGGCUUCACGCUCUGGAACUACCUCUUCAGAACCAUGGUGAACACGCAGCAGAACGCCUUCAUGUACAGCGUCCCCGACGAGAACAACGGGCUCCGACAACUCACCAGCCAGGAGAUCACGGGAGGCAUGAAGCAAAUCCAGCAACUGCUGAGCAAGGGGCAAUACCUCGACGUGAACAACCAGGUAAAGGCCAUCAAGGGAGAUCUGGGCAAGGUGCGCUUCGCCCCCGAGAUCUCUCAAGCCGCCCUCAAGGCAGGGAGUCGAAACGUAUGCACGCGAGACCAAAGUAGCAAACGAACCUGA